UCCCGCUUCUACAAACUGUCUACCAGGGCGGUGGCCACUAUCGUCGUCUUCGGUGCCGUGGCCUGCAUCAUCGUCACCGCCGUCGGCGGAGCGUAUCCGGAGGCCGGCCAUGCGUCGAACGUCGUCGCGCCACGGACGGGAGACGUAUGGAAUGUCGGGGAGCUGCAUACGGUGCAAUGGUGCCUACAGAACAUCGAUGCUACCAACAGCUCUGGGCAGCCGCUCCUGGGCAUGCUCAUCCUCUCGUACUCUGGCGGAGUCCCCGAUUCGCAUGUGCUCCUUGGACGUGAGCGCGUUCAUCUCACGGACCUGUUCCCAAUCACUGACAGGCUGGCCAACGUCAUGGUUCCCUCCGUCCCUACACGAGACGAUUACUCUCUCUACCUGUUUUGCCACGAUAACCACGACGCGUCUAGCUGGAGCGGGGACUUUACCAUCUUCAACCCAGACGACGUCGCUGGCAUCGACAAGCCCCGCCCGGAUGACAUCGUGGUCACAACCGCCCCGCCGAUUUCGGUCACG